AGGAUUCGCGGACGCAGAGCCGCAACCGGCGCUCCACGGGCCUGGGAGUCGGCACCGUGGGAGGAAGCCUGCUCAUGAUGGUCAACGUGACGCUGCUGCAGUAUCUGGACACGGGCCGCUGGUUCCUCUCCGUCUACAACGACGACCUGCGCCCGCACCGCGUCACCCUCGUCGUCGCCGAGGACGAGGGCGUGUCCACUGCGUGCCCCAACGACUGCUCCGGCCACGGAUCCUGCUACCUGGGCAAAUGCGACUGCAUAGACGGCUACGAGGGCGUCGACUGCUCCAAAAGUGUAUGUCCUGUAUUGUGCUCUAAUCAUGGCAAAUAUGGUGGUGGCCUGUGUCACUGUGAAGAAGGCUGGAAGGGUGCUGAGUGCGACACUCCAGAACAUGACUGUCAGGUUCCUGACUGUUCAGGACAUGGACAAUGCCUUGGUGGUGUGUGCGUUUGUAGAGCUGGCUGGAAAGGCCCUUUUUGUGAACAAGUGGAUUGCCCAGAUCCCACAUGUUCGGGUCAUGGUUCAUGUGUUGGUGGAAAAUGUUACUGCAAAGCUGGCUGGCAAGGCAUCAACUGCUCUUCAGUAGAUCAGCAAGUAUACCAGUGCUUGCCAGGAUGCUCUGAUCAUGGUUCUUAUGACCUUGAGACUGCUGUAUGUGUCUGUGAUAAUUAUUGGACUGGUGCUGACUGCUCACAAGCUCUUUGCAGUCUUGAUUGUGGGCCACAUGGUCGAUGUGACAAAGGGAAAUGUGAAUGUGACCCUGGAUGGACAGGUGAUCGUUGUGAUUUGUUGCCUUGUGAUCCUCGCUGCUCAGAACAUGGACAGUGUAAGAAUGGAACCUGUGUAUGCUCUCAGGGAUGGAAUGGUCGACAUUGUACACUACCUGGUUGCAAAAGUGCUUGUAAUCGCCAUGGUACUUGUUCCCUGGAAGAUGGAGAAUAUCGCUGUAUGUGUUCAGAUGGAUGGGCGGGUUAUGACUGCAGCAUUCGACUCGAAAUGGAAUGUAAUGAUGAAAUUGACAAUGAUGAAGAUGGAAUGGUUGAUUGCUCAGAUAGUGAGUGCUGCUCACAUCCUUCUUGCUCAGAUCACAUAAUGUGUAUAGCAUCAAGUGAUCCCGUUGAGGUGUUAUUGCGGAAACAGCCACCGUCUGUUACAGCUUCGUUCUAUCAGAGAGUCAAAUUUCUCAUUGAAGAAAACAGUGUUCAGAGCUAUGCCCAUAUUGAUGAAUACAGUGAAAGUCAGUUCUGGAAUUCAUUUACACCGCGGAGAGUUUCUGUCAUGAGAGGACAGGUAGUAACACCACAAGGUUUAGGGAUAGUUGGAAUUAGAGUCAGUGUUGAUCGUGACUCUAGAUUUGGAUUUACGCUUACAAGAGCUGGUGGUUGGUUUGAUGUCUUGGUUAACGGUGGAGGUGCAGUAACACUGCAGUUUCAGCGAAGUCCCUUUAGACCUCUAACAAGGACGGUUUUUGUGCCAUGGAACCAAAUUGUUGUUUUGCCACCUGUGACUAUGCAGCUAAGUGAUGACACAGAUAUAUAUUCUGAAAAUGCAGGCUCUCUUGCUCUUGGAAUGGGUGUACCUCUCAGCAGUAUGCCACUGUUUUCAAAUAUUGCGCAACGGGAACCAUGCCUGGACCAUGACCAUGAGUUGUUGCGACCGGUUGUUAUGUCAACCUGGAUGCCAGAGAAAGUUGGUGGCAUUCCUGGAAGAAGUUUAGUUUUUGCAGAAACUCAGAUUCUUCAGGAGAGUAUCCGGAUUCCAGGAUCUGGUCUGCACUUGGUCUAUCGCAGCAGCCAGGCCCCGGGAUAUUUGUCACGUGUCCUAAUGCAGCUGACUCAUUCAACAAUUCCUCCAACCCUUACCCAUGUCCAUGUACGUGUAGAAAUUGAAGGAUCAGUUCACACCCGUACUUACGAGGCUGAUCCUCAUCUCACACACACAUUUGCUUGGAACAAGAGAAAUGUUUACAAACAAAAGGUAUAUGGGGUUGCUCAAGCCAAAAUAUCUGUAGGUUACCAGUACUCCAGCUGCCCUGCAGUAAUUUGGGAAACACAAACUGCAAUGUUGCAGGGUUUUGAUGUUGACAUAUCUGAUGUGGGUGGUUGGAGCCUUGACAUUCAUCACCACUACAAUUUUCAUGAAGGUAUUCUACAAAAAGGAGAUGGGUCGACUUUACAUUAUAAGCAGUACCCUCGAACUGUGAAAGUGGUUAUGGGAACAGGACUGCAGAGACCACUCCAGUGUUCAGAUUGCAAUGGUGUUGCAAAGGAUGCUCGCUUGCUCACCCCAGUAGCUCUUGCAAGUGGCCCUGAUGGCAGUUUGUACGUGGGUGAUUUCAACCUUGUUCGCCGUGUUACACCAGAAGGAAAUGUAUUUACAGUUUUGCAGCUAAGUGCAACACAGGUGUCGUACCAGUAUUACUUGAGUGUUUCUCCUGCUGAUGGUCACUUGUAUAUAUCUGACCCAGAACGGCAUCAAGUUCUUAGAGUGCUAUCUGUUGAGCCAAUACAAGAUCCAGGAAUUAAUUGGGAGCCUGUUGUAGGAUCUGGUGAGCGAUGCAUUCCAGGAGAUGAAACUCAUUGUGGUGAUGAGGGCCCAGCUCGUGAAGCAAAGCUUGCACAUCCUAAAGGUCUUGCUAUAGCUGCUGAUAAGACUAUGUACAUUGCUGAUGGAACAAACAUAAGAGCUGUGGAUCCAAAAGGAAUCAUUCACACCCUUGUUGGGCAUCAUGGUCAUCAUAAUCACUGGACUCCUGUUCCUUGUCAUGGAGCAAUCCCUGCACAACAGGCCCAGUUGCAGUGGCCAACAGGUCUUUCGCUGAGUCCUCUUGAUGGUAGUCUACAUUUUAUCGAUGACCGUCUCGUGCUGAAACUAACGGAUGAUUUAAAAGUGAAAGUAGUUGCAGGUACACCAUUACAUUGUCAUUCAAAUAGAGCUGACAACCAUCCAAAGGCAUCGGCUGGUAGCAACACUGAAAAUUCCCAUCCAGAAGAUACUGUUAAGAUUGAUACUGAAAAUGAAGAUGGUCUGAAGGCAACACAGACUGUUCUUGGUUCAGUCCUUGCCUUGGCAUUCAGUCCAAGUGGAGAUUUAUUCAUUGCAGAGAGUGAUUCAAAAAAAGUAAAUGCAAUACGUGUAGUUGAUUCAGCUGGAAGGAUAAUUGAUUUUGCUGGAAAGCAACAAGAGAAGCCAUACAGAGCACAAAACUGUGAUUGCAUAAAUAAUGGAAGUUCGUCAGUGAUGGCUCCGCCAGGAAUGUGCCCUUGUGGAAUGCCUGAAGAUGGCAAUAGCGAUCAUGAUGCAAAAGAGACAAUGCUGUCUUCAAAUGCACAGUUUACGUCCAUAUCAGCUCUGACUGUUUCUCCAGAUGGUGUGCUUAAUGUUGCUGAUCAAGGCAGCUUGCAUAUAUUAGCACUGGAACAUUAUCUCCCAGUUCACAAUGAAAAUGGAGAGUUCAGGAUUCCAUAUCCACCAACUCAAGAAAUCUAUGUUUUCAAUCGUUAUGGUCAGCAUGUUGCAACAAAGGACCUGACAUCUGGAAAGACUCGUUAUUCAUUUCUUUAUAGCAAGAACACAAGUUUUGGCAAACUGUCAACUGUUACUGACAGCUCUGGGAACAAAAUUCUUUUCCUCAGGGACUAUAGCAAUGUUGUUAGUACUAUUGAGAACACCCAGGAUCACAAAUCAGAUCUUAAGAUUUCUGGAGUAGGUUUCUUGGUGAAAUUCCUAGAGAAAGGAAAAACGGAAAUUGAUCUUGAAUAUGACAGCACAACAGGUCUGCUUACAAGUCGGUCAGAUUCUAGAGGUGGCGGUGGUGGUGAAACAUAUAUGUAUCACUAUGAAUCAAAUGGCCGGCUUACUGAUGUUAUACUACCUACAGGAGAAACUGUUAAUUUGGCAUCUAGACUUACAGCAGAAGAUGGAUUAACUGUAGAGAUCUCAUCUCUAAUGCAGUCUUUAUCUGCUGGAGAUUUAGUUCAGCCACAGCAUUCUGUCACUUUGAGAAUGGAAGACAGAGGAGCGAAACGGCUAACAGUACUUGAAGGAGUUUCAACCAGCGAAGCUGUAAGCUUCCGUAAUGGAUCGUUUAUUGUUCGUUGGGCCUGGGGUGGUUGGAUGGAGAGCUCUGCUCUUGCAAGACAUCCACUCCUUGAAUUAUCUUUACCAACUGAGGCAGAAAUGCUACCACUAUGGAGUAGACAGACAUUGUCACUUGGUGAUGGUCUCACUAACAGCAUGGCUUGGAGCUACAGCUUAGUCGGUGAUGUUAGUGCUCCCCAUCAGACACUGUUGCAGGAGCUAUGGGUGAACAGUUCAAGAGUUCUUGGUAUUGAAUUUAACCAAGUAACUGGACAGGAGACGUUUUAUGACCGUGAAAGACAGCCUCUCCUUACAAUAUCAUUUGAUCAGGCUGGCUUGCCUCAGUCGUGGGUUCCAGCAACUGGAGGACAACCCGUAAAUGUCUCUUAUGACAGAUUCAACAGGGUUGACAGCUGGCAGUGGGGUGUACAAAGUGAAAAAUACAGCUAUGAAAGUCAUGGUUUGCUCUCAGAAAUAAGUUCUCCAAAGGAUGGUGUUACACAGUUCACUUACAAUGAACUUAAUAUGCUGUCGCACAUUACACUGCCAAGCAAACGACGGUUUGGGCUACAGUAUUCUCCUGAUGGAGGAUUGCGUCAGGUAGUACUACCAAGUGGUACACGCCAUUCAUUUUCAUGUCAACCUUCUCUUGGAUUUCUCCGUGUAUCCUACACAGCCCCCGGUGCAGCCCGUUCCUAUGUACAGCAUUUUGCUCAUUCUGGAGCACUGCUGCAGACUGUCUUUCCUGGAGAUGGAGCUCGUGUCCUGUAUCGGUAUCAUCGCUCUGGACAGUUAGCAGAGAUACUGCAUGGAGAUGGCAGAAGUCAGAUAAAUUACUCACCUCUAACUGGGUUUCCAAGUGCAGUAUUACACAUUGAAAAGGACUUUGAAUAUCGAUGGGAUUAUCAAUAUGUGGCUGGUCUCCUUGUUGAAGAAAGAAUAGAUUUUGGAGCUAAGACAGGAAUCAGCAACGCAAAAUUUACAUAUGAGUACGACAGCAACUUCAGGUUAAUUGGUAUUCAAGGACGUAUUGGUGGACAAACUCUUCCAGAACAUAACCUCGGAUAUAACAUAAAAACUGGUGCUCCAGAGCAGUUGGGCCAGUUUAAGGUAUCACGUCCCAGAGCUAAUGAGACAUCUGUUUAUGAUGGGACAGCAAUUUUCACACGACUCAUCAAUAAUCAGUUUCAGGAGAUUCAAGUUGCAGUCACUAUCCAUCGCAUGGAAGUAUUCAGAAUGGAAUUCUUAUAUGAUGCCCGCAGCCGCAUCUCACAGACACGUACAUAUACACGUAAUGUUGGUGUUAAUACCUACACCAAUGUAAAGAACUACACAUGGGACUCAGAUGGCCAGCUAUCGGGAGUAGAAGCUCAGGAGCCAUGGGGAUUCCGCUAUGAUGAUAAUGGAAACAUGCUGUCUCUGACAUACCGGGGGAAUACAAUACCAAUGGAGUACAAUGUAAUGGACCGCAUAGUGAAGUUUGGAGAAGGCCUUUACCGGUAUGAUAACAGAGGUUUGGUUAUACAAAAUGCAAGGGAAGAAAAAUUUCAUUAUAAUGCUAAAGGUCUUUUGGUUCGAGCAACAAAGAGAGGUAGAUUUGAUGUGCGUUAUUACUAUGAUCAUUUGGAUCGUUUGGCUACACGUAAAGAUAAUUAUGGGAAUGUAACUCAGUUUUUCUACACGAAUCACAUGCGGCCUAAUGAAGUAAGCCAGAUCUACAGCCCACGAGAUGGCAAACUCAUGUCUCUUGUAUACGAUGACCGUGGUCAUCUGAUAUUUGCUCAAGUGCACAGGCACAAAUAUUAUAUUGCAACAGACCAGUGUGGAACUCCUGUUAUGGUUUUCAAUCAGUAUGGAGAAGGCAUAAGGGAAAUUAUGCGUUCACCUUAUGGCCAUAUUGUAUAUGAUUCAAAUCCAUAUCUUUAUCUGCCAGUAGACUUCUGUGGUGGACUUCUAGACCAGGUAACUUCCCUUGUUCACAUGCCAAAUGGAAAGGUCUAUGAUCCAUUGAUUGGACAGUGGAUGUCGCCAAUGUGGGAAGGAGUAUUGGACAGAGUAGCUACACCAACACACUUGCAUCUAUAUCGCUUUAAUGGAAAUGAUCCAAUUAAUGUAAGAAGGAAUCCACAGCAUCUAACAGACCAUGAAAGUUGGCUUUCACUCCUUGGAUAUGAUCUGAAAAGCUUGGCUCCUCAACUUUACCCUGCAAGCCUGCCAGGUGGAGGUCUGUUGUCAACUGUUGGGUUUGGUGGUUCACUUGGACCUUUUCCUGGAGAUCCUACCAAAGGAAUGUUGUCUGCUGCAAUGCCUCAACUUAUGCUCUCACAGUCCUCAAUUCAGCUCAAACAGAAUGGAGUACUUCCAGCAUUUGGUGUGGCAUCUGGUUUCCUAGCACACCUAUCAGAACGGCAGUUGGGUGAUGCUUCAACUUUGUCAUCCCCACCUCGAUCUGCAAUGAAGAGAGAUACUUGGCCACCUGGGAACUUCCCUGCCACAAAUCCAGCAUCAGUGUUUCCAUUCAGGCGUUUGGGUGCAGCAUCAGAACCACCAUUUGGCCGCGGUAUACUUGUAUCAAGAACACAAGAAGGAUAUGCUGUUAUUAGUAGUGUUCCUGGAGCAAAUGCAAUAUACAAGGAUGUAUUUACAUCUGUCUUCAAUCAGUCAUACCUGUUACCAUUUACCUUCUUGGUGCACAAUGCACAACAGGAUGCAUUCUUUUUUGUGAAAGAGGAAACAUGGAGAGCCAAUGAAGAUCGGGGUCAACUAAAGCGCCUAGGUGGUCAAGUGAACAUAACUUAUCAUGAGAAGGAAGCAGGGAUUUUAGAGAGUAGUGGGGGGACUGGUAAAAUUGGUGACCUGAAAAUACAUGGAUUAAGUGCUGUAGUAAAUUUACGGUAUGGAACAACACCAGAGAAAGAGAAACAAAGGUUGCUACAUCAUGCGAAAGGACAGGCAGUCCGGAAGGCUUGGCACAGAGAGAGGGAAGCAUUACGGAACAACUUUGUAGGAACAGUGGACUGGUCAGCAGCUGAAGUAGAAGAGAUUAUUAAGGUAGGAUAUGCCUCAAAUUAUGAUGGUGAAUAUUUCCAUGAUGUCCAACGUUACCCUGAACUUGCAGAGGAUCCAUUCAAUAUACGUUUCAUUAAAAAGAGUUCAUCUAGUGGAAACGAGUCAAAUAAACGAAGAAGGAAAAAGAGAAGCCUGGGGCAGAGACUUUUCUCAAGAUAUGUCAAAAUAUCAUCAAACACUGGUAAUACGCAUCACAAAAGGGAAAGCCCUGUGGAUAUCCUAGGUGCACUGUACAGCUCUGAGUCACAUCAGAAAAGCUGCCUCAAUAAAAAGCACUGGUGGCUUCAGUGGACUCAGCACAAUUCCUUGUGCUGAAACAGUGGUCAGAUUUUUUAAAAUGAAUGAUACAUUCAUUUCUCCUAAUGAUUUGCUUACAUGACACAUUGUGUGUAUUCUACACCUGACAACAGACAGUUUUUAAUGAGAUACAGGAACUAAGAAAUAUUCUUUAGACAUGCUUUGGUACUCACGGUAAAAUAUGUUUCAGCUGAACUGAUAUGAGCAUGCACAAAAAAGAAUGGAUAGUGUUUAGCACUUAAAUACAGAGCCAAAGACUGAAAGAAGACCAUAAUAGUGGGGACUUCGUUCGUCAGAAAAAACUGACUUGCUAGACUUCUAAAAAAUACAACAAAGUGCUAAAGAGUAGUUUCAGAAGAUAUAACAUUUGAUACCGUUUAAUGUUUACAUUGUGUAAGUCUGUGUUACUUUUAUAUUAAAAACUAAAAUAAAAUGUUAAGUGUGCCAACUAUUCUACAUGUGAUGUAGUAAGUUAAAGAGUGAUAUAUUGCCACUGAACAUGUGUUUAACAGAUGCAUCCAGACCAAGUGAUAAGCGAUUACGCAAACUUUUAUAAUGCUUCUUCAAGAUUGUCCAUACACAAAGAAUAAAAGUGGUAUUAUUUUCUACCAAAUGUGUUAGCUAUUUCAAAGAUGCCAAAAUAGUCAUGAAUAUAUCAUAAACAUCUUUUAUGGUGCGCAGAUUUUUAGUGCGUUCACUGUGGAAAACUACAUUUUUUAACAAACCGGAUCUUUAAAAUUAUGUACAUAUAUUUAUAAAAACAAACAGUUUUAAAGUGUCGAACUGCAAACAAUUCCGUGAAAGUUUCGAGGAUGAAUAAAUCUAAUGUGCGAGCUCUGUGCAAUGUUGUGAAGUGACUAAUGCUGUUAUUUUUAUGUUUGGUAUAUCCGACCGAAAAUAUAAAGAUGUGUAUAUUAACAUAUAAAAAAGUUAAAUGUGUCCAUUAAAGGAAAUGUGUAGCUAUGUAUACACGCAUCAUGUGUUACCAAUAUUUAUAUAUUUUUUAUUACGUGGUGGAAGUGUUGUGCAAAGAGUAAAAUGUGUAAAUUGAAAUACUCGUUUCUGCUAAAAUGUUUAAUGUUAUGCUCGUAUGUGAAAAUGUAAUUAUGUAUCAGUUGUAUACAGUAUUUUACUUUAAGUUUUGCAUUAUUAGAAUAAUUUAUGUACAGUAUGUUAUUUUUGCCACAUGUGGUUGAAAAGACUCUAGAGGGGAAAACCAAGCAGAAUACCAAAAAUCUAAGUAGUGCACAAUUUAUUUAAAUAUAUUUUGUAUUGUAUGUAUGCGAAUACAUUACUCAUUGCAUUUAUUUCCAUAAGGUGAUCAGAUUUCUAUACUGUCAUAGGGCUGUUGGAACAUAUGCUGUAGCAAGAACAUUUAAAUGUAUAUGAUGUGACAAUAAUUGUGUGAUCACUAUUAAAGAUCUUAUUAUAAUGAUACUUUCUCAUUGCUUGACUUUGGAUAACUUCUGAAUGUUAUAUGUUAAAGUAUUGCAAUUAAAUGUAUAGAUAUUGUAAACAAUGUUCAGCAUUUUGUGUGACAUAUGUUUCCAGUGUUUGUAAUAUGUGGUUACGUGGUUUCCAUUUACUCUAGUUCAUACAUUGUAGAGCAAAAAAUAAGAUGUACUGUAGGCUUAUGACACUUUGUUUGUUCCUGUCAAGAUGUCUGGUCACCUUAAUAUGUACACCUAUUAAAUUUGAAAACAGGGUCCAGGAAGAAAAGUUCAUCAGUGCUGUUAAGAUGAUUAGCAAAUCCAUGUAUCAGCAUCAGGAUGUAUAUUUAUAUACACUAACAAUGAUGUUGAAACUUUUACUUACUAGUGAGUAGUCAGUUAAAGUGUAAAUAAUAUAUGUUUUGCUAUAACGUCCCUUUUGAAAAUAAAUCAAAAUACUUAAGUGGUGUGUAACUGCUGUAUACAGAUAUUUUUGUCAGUGUUUGCUGUACAGUUUUAAUUCUUGAUUUUUAUCAAUUAUGUUAAUAUGUGUUGAAAAAUGUAUCAAUGUCAGUGUUGCUCAGCUAGAAAUGGAAUAUUAAAAAUUGUAUGCAAAUUAUCUGAGUCAUCAUAGUCUUUGGCCAGAAGUUGCACAAUAUCAGUAGGGCAAAGUAAUGCAGGGAUGUGUAUACCAUUGUUAGAUCGAUUCUUUUUUUAACUAAAACUAAUGAUUUCAUCAAGUAAAUAUUUAUUUUGUGUAACUGUUUCUGAGAACUUUAACUGGUCAAGGGAAUCUGGUAGUCAAAAUCUGGAAUUAAAAUCCAAAUUAUUGACCACAACUUGAAAACAGCAAGUGACUCACAUGUCUCUUGUUUAGUUGUUACAUUUAACUAAUAUGUGCAUCAUUUAAACAAUUUUAUUUUCCUUAAGUUUUGACUGGUCUACUUCCAGAAAUUCACAUGUAGGGAUAAUUUUUUAAAAACAUCAUUGUUACACACCAGCUCUUCUACACUGUUCUAAUUUUUCAGAUGUUAUCUAAGUUAACUUAGUAACAACUAAGACUUUGAUGAUCAUGUAUAUAUGUAAGUGUAUUGUGUUAUUAAGUUGUGGACCCUAUGCUGAGUAUAACUUGUGUGAACGCAUGUUGUAUGAAUGUAUGAUCACAAAACUGCAUUGUUUCAAUUCUCCCCAAGAAAAGAGCUUAUAAAUUUAAAACUGCUUGAAAAAUGCUUCCUCUGCUUUUACAGUUUCAAUUUACAACAGAAAUAGAAUGUGAAAUGUGGAUGAAUACCUCUGCCUUAAGUAAUCUAUGAUGAGAAACUAACAAAAGUGGACAAUUUUUUAAAUUUAACUUCUGUGAAGUAUGUAACUAUUAUUACUAGGAUGAUUAGUACUACUAGUACUAAUACUUGAAAGUAAUGACACUGUGUCAUUAUUUGCAGAAUAUGCUUCUUUUGUUAAAAUUUUGUUGAAUGAUAGCAGUCCAAGUGGAGACAGAAAUGACAGAAUUACCAGAAUUCUGAUCAUUCAUUAAUUUCACUGUCAGUACAUUUCACAAAUAUAAAAAAAGUUCAGUGUUUGCUUGCCAGAUGUGCUACAGAAAAAAAGAAAUGCGUAUCAUACAGUUCUGAAUGCAUAAUGACAUUCUUCAGAGAAAUGCUAAGGAGGUUCAUUUCUACUGAAUCUUUUUAGAUAUUUUUUUGUAAUAUUGGAUGAAACUGGAUAUGUGUUUAAUACUUUCAGAGUACAAUAUUGUUUGUAAUGUAUUUAUUGCUGUAAUUUUAUUUGGUAUGAUGCUACUUGAAA